UUUCUGGCGGGGAAUAGUACCGCAGGCGCAGUCCCCUUCCACAUUUGCACGGGAUUCCAGCCCGGUUGUUGCGGUACCCGAGCCAGCCGACAGAUAGCAUCAGCGGUAGGAGGGGAUACAGGGACUCCUUCAGGCUAAUUGUAGCAGCCAACGUUCGCAGGUGUAACACUGAUCCGUGUGUGCGAGGAGCCGGGGCUUUUUAUCAGCGAACCGAUUUGAGACUUGAGAGUGAAAAAAAUAGAAAACUAGGAAAAUGUUGCACCAAGUACAAUGAGAGCAGAUUUGUUGCAGACAGACAAGUCUACAUAUGACUCCCACCAACACAUAUUUGAUGAGCAAUUCUGAAACGUCUUUGGAUUCUUAAAAAAAAAGUGGAUCCCACUACUUCAUAAUCAUGCGAAAUACUUGGUUGUCACAUCGAGGUGCGAUUGUGGAAUACUGGACAACGGGCAUUGUGUGUCUUUUUUGGAUUCAGUGUUCAUUCGGGAUGCCUCACGUCAUUCGAAUAGGGGGCAUUUUUGAGCAAACAGAAAGCGCCCCCAACGCCCCUGUGAGUUCAGAGGAGCUGGCCUUUAAGUUCGCCGUCAACAACAUCAACAGGAACAGGACGUUACUACCCAACACAACAUUAACGUACGACAUCCAGAGGAUAAACAUCUACGACAGUUUUGAGGCGUCCAGGAAAGCCUGUGACCAGCUCUCUCUAGGCGUAGUAGCCAUCUUUGGCCCGUCACACAGCUCAUCCUCCAACGCUGUCCAGUCCAUCUGCAAUGCUCUGGAGGUGCCACACAUCCAGGUGAGGUGGAAGCACCACCCCAUGGACAACCGGGACACAUUCUACGCCAACCUGUACCCCGACUACUCCUCGCUCAGCUACGCCAUUCUCGACCUUGUGCAGUUCCUCAGGUGGAAGACGGCCACCGUGGUGUACGACGACAGCACAGGCCUCAUUAGACUACAGGAGCUGAUCAUGGCCCCAUCCAGGUACAACAUCCGGCUGAAGAUCAGACAGCUUCCCCUGGACAACACGGACACGCGGCCGCUGCUGAAGGAGAUGAAGCGAGGCCGCGAGUUCCGCAUCAUCUUCGACUGCAGUCACGCCAUGGCUGCCCAGAUCUUGAAGCAGGCUCAGAUGAUGGGAAUGAUGACAGAGUACUACCACUACAUCUUCACCACUCUGGACCUCAUGGCCAUCGACUUGGAGCCCUACCGCUUCUGCGGCGUGAACAUGACCGGCUUCCGCAUCCUGAAUGUGGACAACCCCCAGGUGGCCUCCAUCGUGGAGAAGUGGUCCCUGGAGAGACAGAUCCUCCCCAAGCCAGACUCGGGCCUUCUGGAGGGCAUCAUGACGACAGAUGCUGCUCUGACGUAUGAUGCUGUCCACAUCGUGUCGGUGUCGUACCAGCACGCGCCACAGAUGACCGUCAACUCGCUGCAGUGCCACCGGCACAAGCCCUGGAGGUUCGGAGGACGCUUCAUGAGCUUCAUCAAGGAGUCGCACUGGGAUGGCCUAACCGGGCGAUUGUGCUUUAACAAAACCACCGGCCUGCGCACUGACUUUGACCUGGACAUUGUCAGCCUGAAGGAGGAAGGACUCGAGAAGGUGGGCAAGUGGAGUGCAUCAGGGGGGCUCAACAUCACUGAGGUCCCCAGGCGUAAUGGGAUGAACAUCACCGACUCACUCUCCAACCGCUCGCUGGUCAUCACCACCAUCCUGGAGGAGCCAUACGUCAUGCUUAAGAAGUCUGACAGGGCGCUGGUCGGCAACGACCGCUUCGAGGGCUUCUGCAUCGACCUGCUCAAGGAGCUGGCCGCCAUCCUGGGCUUCUCCUACGAGAUCCGCCUGGUGCCGGACGGCAAGUACGGCUCGCAGGACGACAAGGGCCAGUGGAACGGCCUGAUCCGGGAACUAAUGGAGCAUAAAGCUGACCUGGCCGUGGCCCCCCUCACCAUCACCUACCUGCGGGAGAAGGUUGUGGAUUUCUCCAAGCCCUUCCUCAACAUGGGCAUCAGCAUUCUGUACCGCAAGCCCAACAACACCAACAACGGCUUCUUCUCCUUCCUCAACCCCAUGACGCCCGACAUCUGGGUCUACAUCCUGCUGGCCUACCUGGGCGUCAGCUGCGUCUUAUUUGUCAUCGCCAGGUUCAGUCCAUACGAGUGGUACGAUGCCCACCCCUGCAACCCUGGGUCUGACGUGGUGGAGAACAACUUCACCUUACUCAACAGCUUCUGGUUCGGUGUCGGCUCCCUCAUGCAGCAAGGCUCAGAGCUGAUGCCCAAAGCCCUGUCUACAAGGAUCAUUGGUGGCAUCUGGUGGUUCUUCACCCUCAUCAUUAUCUCCUCAUACACGGCCAACCUGGCCGCCUUCCUCACCGUGGAGCGCAUGGACUCGCCUGUAGACUCGGCCGACGACCUGGCCAAGCAGACCAAGAUCGAGUACGGCGUGGUGCGGGAUGGAGCCACCAUGACUUUCUUUAAGAGGUCCAGGGUGUCCACCUUCGAGAAGAUGUGGGCGUUCAUGAGCAGCCGGCAGAGCACUUCGCUGGUCAAAUCCAUCGAGGACGGCAUCCAGCGGGUCCUGAAGUCCGACUACGCCCUGCUGAUGGAGUCCACCACCAUAGACUACGUCACCCGCCGGAACUGCAACCUCACCAAAGUGGGAGGCAUCAUCGACAGCAAAGGCUAUGGCAUCGGCACGCCCAAGGGCUCGCCGUACCGUGACAAAGUGAGCAUCGCCAUCUUGAGUAUCAUGGAGGAUGGGCGUCUGCACAUGCUGAAGGAGAAGUGGUGGAACGGGGACCACUGUCAACAGGAGACCCGCUACGAGGCCGGGCCCAUGAGCAUCCAGAACCUGGGCGGCAUCUUCAUCGUGCUGGCCUCGGGCCUGGUGCUGUCCGUCUUUGUGGCCAUCGGCGAGUUCGUCUACAAGCUAAGGAAGACAGCGGAGAGGGAGCAGGUCUUUCUGCAAUGCGGUGGUGGACGAGAUCAGACUGUCGUUCACCUGCGAGAGGCGCGUGAAGCACAAGCCUCACCAGCCGCUGGCCUCCCUCCCGCUGUCGCCGCCGCCACCGUCGCUGGGGCCGCUCACGGUGAAGACGGACGCGGUGAUCAACAUGCACACCUACAACGACCGUCGCCUGCCGGGAAAGGACAGCCUGAGCUGCAGCGCCGGGAUGACGCCCGUGUUUCCAUGACGUGCCUGGGGGACGGGCACCUGCGGCAUGUGCCCGGAGCAGCGGCCGGCGACGCCAGGGACUACGGCACGCUGCCGGAGGGCUUCGCCACGUUCACACUCAGCCGCAGAGACCUACGAAACCACCACCCGACGACCACAAUGACGCAGACCAUGACGACGGCGAUGCACGCCAGCCAGAACGGAGGCAGCGGCGCCGGUGGCGGCACCGCCACCGUCAACCACGCAAGCACCACCGACCACAUCCUCAAGCCACUCUACCCCACCCGCGAGAGAGAGGGAGGACGCUCCGUGUCCUUUCUGUGAUGGCAGACAUUCAGAGGAAACAACUACGGUAAACUUAAAAACAGACAAACCAGACCACAAACACACAAACAAAUAACGAAAGAGAAACUGUCUACAACCAAUGUCCAAUGUUUACGUAUGAGGCGACAAACACAACCAUUAAGUAAUCAAUGAAAUAGACAGCGCCCUAAUGUCAACAAAGUAGUAUAAAGUAAUAUUUUAAGACACACUUCAACGGAUUCACAGAAUACGGACUGACAACUAACUGGCUUCUGUAAGCAUGGCAAUAAAUGAACUAGAGAGAGACAGAACGGGGGUUAACGUUUUGUUGGGAAAUUCAAGAGGCCAAAACACAGCACAUUAGAUUCUUUCCAAUCAGUGUUGUGGGUUUUCAGCUUUGUUUAAAAAUACAAGCAGACACUCCUGUGAUUCUGUGGUGAAAUGAUGCAGCCCUGUCCUGGUUGUGGGACGCGGGGAAAUAGGUUUUCAAACUGUGCAGAAAGGGCCGAGAUCUCUAGCGUGGCUGUCGAAGGACGCCGGGUCGACUGCGACAGACACGAGAGUCAGAUUGGGUGCAUAUGAGCCAGCUGGGAAAGUGACGUCGCCUAGGCGACGUUCGCUACCGGUCAGCGCUUGGCCUUGUGAGUUUCUCCCGAAUUCUCUCCUGCACGACCCGGACAGCUCGGCCAAGGAUCUCCGCCAGAUGAGAAGACGAAUGCACAAAGUGAACAGGGUUGACAUCUCCCAAGCAACACAAUAAAAAAAACAAGUUAGGGGAUUUUUAGAGACUUCUUUCAUACCCAGAAAUAAGAUGUGAGUUGUGUGUGUUAUGCCCUCACCCCACAACCCCUCCUUGUACUUAAGUCAGGGUCAGAGGUGAUUUUGAUUGAUUUGUGCUUUGCUACAUUGUUGGUGUGCAGGCAUUUCAAACAUUCAUACACUGAAGCAACAACAGAGGACAUGAUAACCACGACCAAGAGAGUGACUCACCGAUUGCCAAAGAUCUGCCUGUGACAUGGUGUCAUGAAUAUAAGCAUUGUGAAAGUGCACUGGACAGACAUAACACAAGUCUCUCCCUAGUGUCUGCUUAUUACAUAAUGAACAUAAAAGACAUCCACAGCCAUGAACAAUAUGUGGCUCCCGUUUUAUGUUUUGUUUUUAUAAGGGUUUGACUUUCAGCUGUACUUAAAAGGUGAAAUCAGCCUUGCAUAUGAAUUAUCUUUUCACCAGGAAAAAUAUAGUAUGUUUCUAAUCUUUUUGGUCCACUGUUAGAGACAUUGUGGUAAGUGGCUAUUACUGAUAAAAUAUACUAAGAGGCUAUUCACUAUUUUUGAAAAAAAAAAAAAACCACAGUUUUCUUCAGGGGUUUGACUGUCCCAAUGUCUAUAGGUAUAUUCAUAUACAUCAGUCGAAAAAUCAUUUAAAAUGCUGAUGUAACAGCUCAUUUUAAGAAUUCCUUAUAGAACAGCGUGUUAGCCCUGUUUAGUCAGUCUGUCCUGUGGUCGAUAAAACACAGUCACCAGUAGCACUACCCCAGCAAGCCCAUAGCACUAAUGAAGUGAGUUGAGUGGGCAGUCCAGUCCACGCCCCUGUGUGCAGCUCGUGGGACCCCUCUUCACCCUCCAAAGUGCAUCAGAGUUUGGGGCCUGGAGACGAAGAGGGGUCAUUUUCAUCAGAAGCCAUCACCUUCAUGUUCCCAUCACUCUCUCUAUUCUCUCUCUCUCUCUCUCUCUCUCUCUCUCUCUCUCUCUCUCUCUCUCUCUCUCUCUUGCUCUACUUUUCCUACUUCCUCUCUCUCUGCAUCUCUCUUUCUCUCUCCUGUGUGUGUGUGCGUGUGUGUUUUUGUGUGCGUGUGUGUGUGAGUGUGAGUGUGUGUGUUCACCUGUUCCUGUACUUGUGUCAAAUGUCCGGUAGAUGUCCUUGGCGUUUGCACCCCAUUUAGCUUAUUCAUUUUGCAGUGCUGAUCUGAGAGGUCCGUGGCAGACUGGCCUGACCGUCUGGUGCUGCCCCCAGCCCGCUGCUUUGUGCCUGGGGAGGCUCUUCAAUCUGCCAGAGUGCUGGUUGACAAGGCAAGGCAUAGCUGCCGGCAUCCAGCUUUGAGUGGGGCUUGUCUGUCUCUCUGUCUGUCUGCCUGUCAGCUAUCCUUUCCUGGUCCACUCUGCUUUCACAUUAGGCUGUUGCCCAUUUUGAAUUUUAAGUAUAAUCAAGUACCAAGCAUCAAGUGUCCGUAAUCAUGAGGGAUCAAAGACAUUAAUCAAGCCAUGGGAAUAAACGUAGGUAGCAACAGAGUAUGUGUGUGUCAGCGCGAGACCUGCUGCAGGCUCAAACCAAACCUGGGGCUCUGGAUACAGUGUGCCUGUAGGGACAAAAAAAAAAAACAUUUAGGCAAAUCUCGACCUCAGCAAUAUGACGACUAGCGCCGAAUGUGAUGCGCCUGCAGCCAUGUCUUGUAUGGGCACUGCAUUAGUAAAUUAAAUGGGAACAGACUCUGCCUUUGGAUAGCUUCUGGAAGGUAGAGUGGGUUAGUACCACAUCCAGACCAGACUUGGGCCAGCACUGGGCUGACUCCAGGGGUAGAGGCCGCAACCUGAGGGGCAUGGUGGAGAGGUGACCAGUGCAGAGACAAAAAACAGCCAGAGCACUGCAUGUUGAGUGUAGUCCCUUCAGCAUCAGUGUGUGUGUGUGUGUGUGUAAGAGAGUGUGUGUGUGUGUGUGGAGCGACACAUAUAAUCUGUGUUAAAAGAAUCACCUCUCUGUCCAGGUAGCUCUAUAGAACAGCAUGCCUCUAUGAGGUCCACACAGUUAAGAGGAAGUGAUUGAAGCAUUGGCUUUUCAUUUUGACUACCCCAAUUUACCUUCAUUGGUGUAGACAAAAUAAUAACAGAUAUUUCUUGAACUCAUUUGACUCAGUGUUUUUUCAAUGGCAAGUGUUAUUCAAAUCCUAAGUAAUUUUAAAUCUCUCUGGCAAAGUAGAGGAUAUAUUAGAUGGCAGAAAAGUAACUGUAUUUUGGUAAAUUCAACUUUAUAGAGGUAUAUAAUUAACAUUAUAUUAUUUUUGGGAGUUUGACAUCACCCUCCUUUCCCCAUGUCCAACCUCCCAUGGUAAUUUUAAGAGACAAAAUAUAUGUAUAAAUGUAUGUUAAAUGCAAUCUGCAGACCAUGACAUACUGUACUGUAUAAUGAACUGAAUAGGCAAAUGGCAAUGUUGCUUUCUCUAAUGCCUUACCCCUUCUCCAGAAGUGAUGGCUUGCAAUCACACUGUACAACCAGUUCAUGUCUUGUAAGAUAUAUCUAACUCUACUGUAGAGAUGGAUUCCCUGAGUAGUAGGUUUGGAUAGAUAAGAAGUGCUUUACAGGAUGAUUGUGUCUGUGGAUUUGUUGUCCUUUUUUCCAUAAUCAACUUAGUGCAUUUGUGCAUUGGGUAAUCAGAUGUUGGAUGAUUUUCUUAUUUGAGAUUCACUUUUGGAGGGACAAAAAGAAAGUUUUUUUUGGCUUCCCUUCAGAGAACCUUCUUAUAGAUUCUACAACCCUUUUAAGUUGUUAGCAGCCACAUAAAGCAACUAUUGGGGUUUGAAGUAUGCAAGCCGUUGCUGCAGAGAUGGUUCAUCUGAAGCAAAGCCAAAGAACCUUUAAGGGCUCCAUGCGGGUCCUUUUAAAUAUAUAGUUCAAGAUUAUAUAAUUGUCAACCUCUGGAUCAAUUAUGCUUGCAUUCCUCCCUGAAAUGAACAAAUCUGUUAUAUUGUGAGUAGAAUUGCUGAAUUGUUAUCAAAUGUCAAUUUGUAUCUACUGUAUAUUAAAUGACAGGAAAAAAUAUAGAAGAUUUAGUUUGGGUAAUACAAAUCAGUCCUAUUUACAAAGCAUAAACAUCUUUUAUAACAAUGUGUAUACUGUUUUGCUAAAUUGUAUGAAAGAAAUGACAAUUAAUCUUCUUUUUUCCAAAACUCAUUUCCCAUUUGAUGGUGGUAAAAAGUGGUUAAAAAUCAACUGAUAGUAGGGUGCAUCAAUUUAUUUAACAUGUUUGGCUAGUUGGUUAUGAUUUCACAGGAAUCCACAAACACUUCAUACAUUUGGUACCGACCAGGGUUUUCUUUGUGGACAUGCUGAAUUUCUAUGAAUAUAGUUUUUGUAAUGUUUUGUAUGAGCAUUUUGUUUUCCUAGUAGCUGUAUGUGUUAAGAGAUAACCACUAUUAUCUAAAAAAUAAAAAAAAAAUCAAUUGAAGUAUACGUCAAAAAGGCAACUGAAGGAAUAUUUUUUUUCUUUUCAACACACUGUGAAUAAUUCAAUUGUACAGGUUACUGUAUGGGUUAUAUGAUUUUAAAAUUUUAAAUAAAAAAAAUGUACAGGA